GGCCGGGCGCGGCGGAGCCAUGCUGUCCAGGAAGGGGAUCAUCCCCGAGGAGUACGUGCUGACCCGCCUGGCCGAGGAUGUGCCGGAUCACGCCCGCUACCGCGCCCGGGAGCGGCGGGCCCGCUUCGUGGGCAAGAACGGCGCCUGCAACGUGGCCCACAAGAACAUCCGCGAGCAGGGCCGCUUCCUGCAGGACGUCUUCACCACGCUGGUGGACCUCAAGUGGCCGCACACGCUGCUCAUCUUCACCAUGUCCUUCCUGUGCACCUGGCUGCUCUUCGGCAUGGGCUGGUGGCUCAUCGCCUUCGCCCACGGCGACCUGGACCACAGCACCCAGGUGGAGCGGGGCGGGGACCCUGGGGGCUUCGUGCCCUGCGUGACCAGCAUCCAGUCCUUCACCUCCGCCUUCCUCUUCUCCAUCGAGGUGCAGGUGACCAUCGGGUUCGGCGGGCGCAUGGUGACCGAGGAGUGCCCGGCCGCUAUCCUGGUGCUGAUCGUGCAGAACAUCGUGGGCCUGGUCAUCAACGCCAUCAUGCUGGGCUGCAUCUUCAUGAAGACGGCGCAGGCCCACCGCCGGGCCGAGACCCUCAUCUUCAGCAAGCACGCCGUGAUCGCCCUUCGGGAAGGCAAGCUCUGCUUCAUGCUGCGGGUGGGCGACCUGCGCAAGAGCAUGAUCAUCAGCGCCACCAUUCGCAUGCAGGUGGUGAAGAAGACCACCAGCUUGGAGGGCGAGGUGGUGCCCCUCCACCAGAUCGACAUCCAGAUGGAGAACCCGGUGGGGGGCAACAGCAUCUUCCUGGUGGCGCCACUCAUCGUCUGCCAUGUCAUCGACCAGAACAGCCCCCUCUACGACAUCUCCCCUCUCCACCUCAACCACCAGGAGGACCUGGAAGUCAUCGUCAUCUUGGAAGGGGUGGUGGAGACCACGGGCAUCACCACCCAAGCCCGCACCUCUUACCUGGCCGACGAGAUCCUCUGGGGCCAGAGGUUCGUGCCCGUUGUGGCCGAGGAAGAUGGGCGAUACUCUGUGGACUACUCCAAGUUUGGCAACACAGUGAAAGUGCCCACCCCUUCUUGCACGGCCCGGGAGCUGGAGGAAAACAGGAGCAUCAUAGACACCAUGUUACAGUCGCCUAAAGGCACCAUUAGGAAGCGAACUGUCAGGUUAAAGCCCAAAUUUACCAUCUCUGAUGAGCCUUCCUGACACACGUGGUAGAGGAAACUCUGGUGGGGCUGUGUCCGAAACAUGCAAUAAGCACCAACUCUUGAGACUGCCUCUAUUUUUUCUUAUUCCGGUUGGUAGCACAAGAAAGCACCUGAAUAACCAGCAAUGUGAGGGUGAGAGACAGCAAAGAAAAGGAUCCCCAGGAAUAUAAAAAGAGAAGAAUCUCACAAUAAAGGUUUCCGUGGGCAAUUAAUUUAAUCAAAACCUUUGCAAGUCUGUUAUUGGGAAUUCUUUUUUGUUUCUUUUUCAUUUAAAUUAUUUUGUGCUUUAAUAGUUUGAAACAUAUCACCGUAUAUCGGGGCAUCAUAAAGCAACAAAAGCAGAAAGUUUCAAAGUGACUGGGGACAGAAAACAUUUGCAAAGACUGUUUUAUUUUCUUGCCAUCAAGUUGUUUACAAAAUAUUUGAUAAUACCCUAAAUCCAGAAUUGUCUGUGAAUUUACACUUAACACUAAACAAGCAACU